AUGGGAAGCUUUGAUACAACAAUACCUGUGUAUAAAGAUGCGGAAGUGGAUGACAUAGAAAACUUCCUUUUUAACUAUGAAGGCUAUGCAAAGGCGAAGAAAUAUGAUGAAGAAACAACUUGUUUCAGAGUAUACAUGCAUAUGCCGGAAAGCAUGAGAAUGUGGGUAAGAAAGCUAGUACAAACAGAAAAAACAUGGGCUUCAUUAAAGUCAAAGAUCUCUGAAAAGAUCAAAGCUGAAAACAAACCAGAAAUAAUGAUCCUCCGGUUGAAACGUUUGAAGCAAGAAGAAAAAAAAUCAGUAAGAGAGUACACUAAUAGAUACGAGGCCCAAUCUGAAUCUGUAGAAAGUCACUGUCCUAAAAAUUAUGAAAAGGCAAAAAAGAAAGCUCUUGGGAUGGACGAGUAUAAAAGAGAAAAGAACCAAAUUCUUGGAGGAGAUAAGUCCGAAGAACCAGUGACUUCUAGCAAAACAGACGCUGAUAUCAACAGUCUUGUAAAUGAACUUGAAGCAUUGAAAAUCAACCGCGUUGAAAGAACAGGGCCAUCACAUAACUCUAAACCUCGAACAUGUUAUCUAUAUAAUAAGGAAGGACAUAUGAUGAGAGAUUGUCCUGAUCGAAAUAAAAGUAAUGAUCAAAGUGGCAAAAGUAUGAAGUUCAAUAACGCAGAUGUGCGUAUGGUAGAGUUUACAGAAAUUAAUCCUGAAUCGGCUAAUGAAUAUUUAAAGGUGGAAUUACUCAAUGACAAUGAACAAUAUGAUAUAAGGCCC